CUACCUACUAUCAAAGUUAUCUAUUGUUCCUUGGUUGUACUACUACUAGUAGGACUCGCCCCAUGAGUCGUUGUUAAGACCACCGCCACAGGAACGCGGUGUUACCAGACCACUUGGCAGGGUGCUGAUCAUGUCAUGAUCACGCUUUCGCUGCCGUACCUCUCUCGUGCCUUGGGGUUCGGCCUCGAGGGCACCGGAAAAGCAUCCGCGCCUUUCACAGCACCUUUCCACUGCGGCUCAGUAUUAAGGUGGGCACUAAUACAGUACCCGUCCAUUUCCUGAUUCGACGAUAUCUCAAGAGUCGCUUGCACAAUACCCCAGCUUGAAUAUUGGUGUCAAACUCGAUCACUUACCAUCUCACACGUGCACAAUCUCCAUGUCACCUCUUCAACGCAAAUACGUCGAUCUCAUUCGUGAUGCCACGUCAAAGUGGGCGAACUGGGACCCGCCAAUUGCUAUUAAGGUAGGGGCGUUUGGCAAACUAGAUCGCGUGACGGGCGAAUUAGAGGUACAUGGCAACGUUUAUGAAGCAGAGUUCCAAGAAACGUUGGACAAAAUCGAUCCAACACUUAGGCUCAAGCUCCAGCAGCAUCCGCCCGUUGCUGGUCCAGUGGAAGAUGAUUUCAUCAUAUCCUCCUCGGGGGCGCAAAAGAGGGCGUUUUCAGUAGCGCCUGGUAUAGACAUAAUGGGCCUUGCAACCGCUUCCCUUAAAGCCGACUUCCAGUUCUCGCAGGGAAAGAGGGACGCCCUCCUAGUCAUGCACAGUCCCAGGAUGGAAUACUUCCCACCUUCCGCUGUUCUUGAACAAUUAUACCACAUCCCCGCUCUUGCGGAUAUGUACCUCGUCACGAGUGUGUUCACCUGCCCUGCAUUUUCGCUGUAUUUAUCGGAUAAGAGUGGCGAGAAGAUAUCCCUAGCCCUCAUCGCUUCUGCUCCCAUAAUUCCUUCUGUCGCGCCGCUCGGGCCUAACGCGUCCUUCUCCACGGGAAUUGACUGGUGGACCGAUGCCUCUCGAGGAAUCCUUAGAAAGGGUGCUAGUAAAGAGGGAGAAUAUGUCUUUACACCGCUAUAUGGAUUAAAGAAGCGUGGAGGCUGGAUAAAGAAGAUAUUUAGAAACGGAGACCAAAAACAACAUGGAAGAAGCAGCGAAGAGGAACUGUGGGUUGACGUGGAUGCACCUUGGGAACCACUCGAUGAAGAUGGCGAAGAAGACCCAAUUGAUGUGGAUGGUUCUAGUUGCCCUGAUACCUUUGGCUGAGUCAUUCGUGCGACACCAACGAUAGGCUAUAGAAUCCUUUGGAAACAAGAUGGGUGUCAUAUGGGCGGACACCUAAUACCACGUAUUCUGUGACCUUUAAAUCUUUAGAGUGGCGGAUCAACUUGCGUGGAAUGUAAGCAUGAUGUGUUGACGAUGUAUUUCUAGAUGUUUAUCUGAGUGCUGUGUCUGAGUCUUUCAUGUGCGGUGUGGACAUACCAACGCAGAGGAGAGCCCUUCCCUCUAACGUAUCCAAUGGUCCAGUCUUGCGCUUGGAAUCCUUAG